AUGCCGGCCAAAUCUCAGCCCGAUGCGCUGGACCCACCACAACUCCUUCACACAAAUGGCUUUCAACAUAAAUGGAGCAUAAGCGGGCAGCUGGAAGAGAUUCACUUUCUGUUCGUCAGUCCUCACAAUCGAGUAGUCAUACAUGCUGAUUUUUGCUACAGUGCGCACGUUGCAGGGCGAAGAAGCUUAAGAUAUUUGUCGAAUGUAGAGCAGCGUUCAGCGAAAUUAGAGAAUCUGCUCUCGCAGCUCUUGCCCGGCAUCACUAUCGAUGAUGUGCUUUCGUCGCCAGAGCUGGCCAAGGCUACUUUGCCUCCUGGCGGACCUUCGUCAGCCGCACCGCCCUCGUCCACUCCAAACCUAGAGGAUGACGUUCGUGCGCAAACAUCCGAGGCAGCUCUCCCUGAAGCUGUUCCAAGUAACGCAGAUGGUUUCAAUUGGCAGGAAGAGAACGUGAACGUAGACGGAUUGACGGAUGGCAUGGCCGCCCUCUCGGUAGAGCCAACUGGUGUAGGCUAUCUUGUCCCAAGCCCUAGGGAUGCCCCAGCCAACGCCGAGACCGAUUGUCUUCAAUGGUGCUCUGGCAUCAUCGCAAAUUUCCCAUGCCGCACUGGCCACACAGUUGUCUUCGACACUCAUCGACGCGUACUUUCAUGA